AGUGAGUUCUAAUUUCUCCCCCUUGUUUAUUUUCAUAUUUUAUAGAACUCAUUCACGUAAGAAAUUGGGUUGUGAAUUUGUGUAUGUUUUGAGAUAUUUAUAUUCUUAUGUUCUUAUCAUCUCGAUCUUAUUGUUCAUAGGAUUUAGAAUGAUAAAUCAUACCUCUUGAUUAUAUUGCAAAUAAUCAAUUAAUUAACGGGUUUUCGAUUAAUAUUUAGAGCGUACUAUAGUGUAGUUUUUUUUUAUUUUAAUUUGUACUAGUGUGUUUGUAUAUUACAUAGCGGGUUCUUGUCCCUUUUGACGCUAUAAUUUGUUAAUAAAUUUUAUUUAAUUUAAUAAGUCCUGCUCUCAACUACCUUAUCGACCGUACGGUAUCAUAGUUCGACAACCUGCUGUAUCUCAUUCAAGCGCUGCUAGUUCUGUACUAUGUUCGUUCUGUCUAAUAUAGCCGCAACUGUCAACACGUGUACUAAUGUGUUCAAGUGUUACUAUAAUCAAUUAAUUAUAUAGUUAAAAUAAAUUAAAUUUUUGAACAAAGUAGUGGAUUUGCCUUUUGUGCAUUUACCGCAAUACAUAACUACAUAGUGUUGCAAUGCUUAACUUAAUAGCUUAAUCGUUUAUUCGGCACGUGGUUGACAGUUUCUUUUAUGAUAUUUCUUUCUUCUAGCAAUAUAAUUAGUGUGUACCUGUGCAGGUUCAUCAUGCAGUGAGUAACUGUGAAAUAACUGUGUCUCACGUUUCAUCGACAGCAUUGACAACAAUAUUAUAUAUUACCACUUGUUAUCUCCGUUAGCAACUUAACCUCGCAUCGUUAUCCAGUGUUAUACGUGAAAUGGCGGAUCAUUUAUCUACUACCACAUGCAUCGAGGUUAUGUGGACUCGUUAAUGUUCCAUCGAGUACAAAGUUCCAUCGAAGAGCUCUUCACUCUCAGUGACUAUAUCAAUGAGAUUUCUAGGAGUCAGCGUUUUUGUGCAUGGUUUUCAAGAGUAUAUUGUGCAUCAUCCAAUUCUUCACCACAACCCUAGCAUUUACUGGUCGUUUCUUUAUUUAUUUUUUCAUGGUAUGAAGCGCCACUAUAGUGGCUUACUCUACUGACUCAUUCACCGUUUGAACUAAAUGAUCUGUUUCAUUUGUCUUGCUUCACACUUCUUUUGCCCUCAAACAUUUUCUGACAGUGUUAACAAUAUACAGAUGCAAUAUAUAGUCUUUGCUUUUAAUAUGUUAGCAAUCUUCAACCACAAAAUGUCACUUCAAAAUAGGAAACGAAGAGCAAUUUGCUACAAUUCAGAAACAGACUCGGAAGUCGAAAAUGAUUUAACCAAAAACAAACGUGAUAGGAAGAAUGGAAAAAAAUUAAGAACAUUAAGUUCGUCCGAAUCAGAAGAUUCCGAUGUUCACGGAGAGACGACAUGCGGAAAAAUAAACUGGUCAUAUGAAAAUUUGAAACCGCAAGUGCAUAAAUUUGAUUCCCACAAUUCUGGCAUGACAAUCCAGCUUAAUCGAUCUGCAACUCCGAUCGAUUACUUCCAACUAUUUUUCUCUGAAGAAUUAGUGUCAUUUAUUGUGGAAAAAACGAAUGAAUACCGCAAAUUCAAGAUGGACAAUUGUAGGCGCUCUUUCCUAAAACCUCACGAAAGAGAAACAACAUUGAGUGAAAUAUACAAUUUCUUUGUAAUUCGUUUAUUAAUGUCGCGAGUAAAGAAAUUACAUUUUUCCGAAUAUUGGACAAAGGAUAAAUUUUUGCGAACCGAUGUUUUUGGCAAAAUUAUGAAUAGAGAUAGAUACAUUUUUCUAUUACGCAUUCUUUACUUCAGUAAAAUUGAGUUACUUAAUUCCGAUAAACUGAUAAAAAUUAGAGAAUUUUGUAAUAAGCUUUGUCGUUCCUUUCAAAAUUGUUUUAUUCCAUUCCGCCAUUUAUGCGUGGAUGAAAGUUUAUUGCUAAAGGGGCGGUUAUCAUUCCAGUAUAUCCCGUCCAAACAAAAUAGGUUUAAUAUCAAGUCUUUUGUAUUGUGUGACUGCAAAACGGGAUUCGUACUAAAUUUUGUUGUAUAUGCCGGCAGCGAUUCCGAAAUAACAAAAAUGAACGAAAAAUAUCUAGGAAAAUCGGCUGAGGUUGUACUCACAUUAUUGAAUUCAUAUUUAGGAAAAGGGCACACAUUGUUUGUUGACAACUGGUAUACCAGCCCGACCUUAUUCAGGUAUUUACAUGAUAAUAAAACUAACGCGUGCGGUACCGUAAAGUCGCGAAGAAGAGAAAUGCCUGUAAUGAAGGAAAAACUAAACAAGGGUGAGAUAUGCUUCCGAUCAUCGCCUAAUAUGCUCGCUCUCAAGUGGCAAGACAAACGGGAGGUAUAUAUGUUGUCAACUUCCCACUCCGCGGAUUAUAUAAAUACUAAAAAAAUAAACUAUCGGACCGGAGAAAUUAUUCAAAAACCGUCUUGUAUUGUUGAUUACACUGCCAAUAUGGGUGUAGUCAACAAUAGGGACAAAGUAAUAUCGAGUGUACAAUCAGUCCGAAAAAGUGUCAAAUGGUAUAAAAUAUAUUUUUUCCACCUGCUUGACGUGGCAAUCUGGAACGCGUAUUGUUUAUAUAAGCUUCAAAAAAAAGAAAAGGUAACAAUGCGAGUGUUUCACCUUAGAUUACUUAAAGAAAUUUUCGAAAAAUUCGGUUAUACGAAUAAUAAUGUUAGCGCUAACAAAUCUAUCGCUGAUCAUCCCUUCAGACUAAGCGGAAAACAUUUUCCAUCGUACUGUAGGUCCACAAAAUCUAAAAAAGCGUUACGGAACUGUAUCGUAUGUUCAAAGAAUGAUGUAAGACGAAGAUCGCGCUAUGAGUGUGAAGAUUGUGACGUGGGUCUAUGUGUCAUACCGUGCUUUAAAAUAUAUCACACUCAAUUGUAUUAUUAAUUAUUAAAGUAAAUUAUUAACCUCUUAGGUACGGCUGAAUUUUGCACGGGGCUGUUUUUCUCUCUGGGUGAGUUUGACGUGAAUUACGCUUGAACGAUACGGUACUGCAAUGUGUAACGAAUAAUGCUGUUCUCUACGCAAGCACGUUGGAAUGAAGUUUUUGAUAACUAAAUUAUAAUUUUUCUUAAAGACGUGAUGCAUAUACUUUAACUUAUAACUAAUACUAAUUAUGUAUUUAUUGUUUAUUCUUUUUAUGUUAUUAUUUUGAUUGUUAAACGUAACAAGUUUAUAAAAUGACAACUGACAUACAGAAAUAGUAGCAUGGCGAUCAGUACAAGAAGGUAAGGAGGACUAGGUGGUGAGAUGAACAAUUAUACUUUCCUAUACUUCCGAAAAAUCGCUCACGAGGCUAUCUCAUGCUAAGCCGAGGUUUGCAUGACCCAGGGGGUCGCUAGCCGUUUGUCAAUUUAGCCCUACAGAAAAUCGCGAUUUUUAUGAACGCUGUUGAGACUGACACGAAAACUUAGCAAGAAAAGAUACAUGGAUGUGUGUCUUAUUGCAGCAACGGAUAAAAGAAAACAGCUUUCUCGAAAAUAGCUUCGCUGGCGCGUAUAUCGUAAGUCGUAUCGACCGUUGGAAAGCGUUAAUUCGUGACCAAAAUCAAAUUUCAUAAUUUCAAUUUAAAAAUAUUUUCUUUUUUUUUUUUAUGAAUUCACGACCUUCAAAGCUCGAAAUCCACACAUUUCUUCUUUUAGAUGUUUCUAUGACUAUAUAUAGGGUUAUGCAAACACAAUAAUAAAAUUGACAUUAGUUGUUUUCAUUAUUGUUAAAAUAAGUGCUAAAGAAUGACAAUUAAUCGUUAUUUAAAAAAUGGAUACGUUUUUACUGCUUUCUAUUAACCCUCGUCUUUCCAGAAAAGUGUGCGAACAGGAAUCGUGUCAUAUUCAAAUAGUUUAACUUCAGAAUCUAGUAAUUUAUUCUCAUGUCUGGUUUAUUAAAUAUUAAGUAACAUAUCUAUAAUAAAAAAAUUAAAAUUUUAUCUUACAUUUUUUUAACGAGUAGUAACAUGUACCGAUAUGCAUCGCAAGUUCCUUGAUACACGUUGAGUAAAAGUAAUUUGCUUGGCGUCUACCACUUGGUAUUUCUCUAAGCGAGUUGACAAUGCAGUCCCGUUUUUUUCCUUCAACAUCAAGAAUGUGAAGUUUAUUGUUUAAUUUGUUUUCCGAUAAUGAUUUUGAAGGCCGUAUUUGUGGUCUCCGAAAGUUACAUUUGAAACGAUCGAUCAGGAGCUUGAUAAAUUUGUAAUACGUCAUAGGUGUUUCAUUGUUUGUUUUUUCUAAUAUUUGAUACAAUAUGUAUGAGUUAAUCACACACAUCUCGACUCCUCAAAAAAAUAAUUUUCUCUACCAUUUUAAAGAUUUUCGUAGGAAACAAUACAGUGAAUUCUCGCUUAACCGGCUGCGUGAUCCGUGGACCGGACCUUUAUCAGUUAUCAUUUCUGGUAGUUACCGAACAAAAAUAUAUCAUCAUAACGCAUAAAAUAAUGUUUAUUGCAUUUACCUAGUACAUACAUACGUAUAUAUGAACAAUGUUUAUCAAAUAUUAUUCUGUACAGAAAAAUCGAUAAUUCUUUUUACUUCUUUGAUUUAAAUUCGCUUAUUAAUGCAAUAUCAUACCACUUUUAAAAAAAUAAGAUAUCAAUUACAGAUGAAUUCUCUUGCUGUUUAAUGUAUCUCAUUGCAGUUUCAAGUGCAAUCUUUCUUUCUGCAUGACUCAUUUCUUCGUUCACAACUCAAUCCUUCUUCAUUCAAAGCUUUGGAAUUAUUUAAUUCUUCAUUGUUCAUCAAUUCUGCUUGUCUAAUAGUCUCGAUAAUUUCAUCAUUUAAUAUUUCAUUCUCUAAAAUGUUAUCAUUUAUAAGCCAUUCAGCGAUAUCGUGUACUAAAUUUUUGCAUCCGAGUAAAUGAUUGAAAUCAUUGAGCAAUCGUUUUACUCGGUGAAUUUUUCGGCAUCAGGCCAUAAUUUCUUCCAUGAUCUUAAAUAUGUCGACGCCACAAUUUUUUCAAAUGCAGGUACCAACAUAUGAAUAACAUCUUUAAUAUUAGUUUUCUCAAGAACAUCAGUAAAUUGUGUUUCUAACAUCGUUAACCUGGUCAUCUGUUUCAUUUUCGAUUUCAGAUCGUUACAUGUUGGAACUAAACCUUGAAACAUCAUUUUAUCUCGAUACCUUUUUAUAAAUAUCAUUUUAUCUCGAUAUCUUUUUUUAUAGAUAAGUCAUCGUAAUUGUAACUAUCUUCAAGAUAAGAGGAAGAAGUUAUUAAUAUAAAGUAGAAACCAGAGGAAGUAUUACAACCAUCCCCUGUCCCGGAGCUUUUAUCUGCUUCUAAAUUAUUCCGUUUCACAAUUAUUGCAAACAUAUAAAUCGUGUUGUUAUGAAAUUGCGGUAUGAAAUUACCGAUGGCAGUAAUGGCACAAGUUGGAGUAACUAAGCUUGCCGCUCAACACAUGUUAAUGCCCCAACUUGUUUUGUUCCUUUCUUCGCAAACACCUUGUUUUACUUUUCUACUAAGGUGAUGCCAGUUUUAUGAACAUUAUAAAUACUUUUCGCUUCGAAUUUGGAAAUCAUCAAAAACCUUUUCUAAAUUCUCAAAAGCAUCAACGUUUAUUUCAUUGAAGCUAGUGACACGAGAUAGACUUGUGGGCUCUGGACAUAGAAUACACAAUAAUUGUUGAGUAUCUUCUCAUACAACUGUAUUGGUUUUCUAACUAGAGAACCAAUUUUUAUUGGCCGCUUUGCUUUUUUCCCACUGGCAUAAUGGCAUG